GAAGGAGCGACCGGGAAAACCGACGACACUCAACGAUCAAUAACCGACCCGCGACGAACCCCACCCAGGUCACAGCCGCAUUACCCGCCCGGCCCCCUCAGUGAUCAGCCCCGGCCUCCCUGAUUAUACAUACAUAUACAUAGAGAUAGUCACAUCCGGUCCAACCAAAGUAGCCGCAGAUUCAGGAGAGUCAGACACACGGUCACGGGGACCGUCCAGCGAGGGCAGAACGGGGAUUGACAGGAGGAUCAGCCAGGAAAAACCAGACAGGACGGAAAACAUGGAGACUCUUACUAUAAGUUAAAACUGGAAACCAUAGAUUUGUUUGUAAAAAAAACAAAUAUGAAGCGGCCGUAUCAACAGGAUCCUCAUCGUGAUGAGAACAGAACCUAAAGAGGGUGCAGGGUCUCUCCUGAAAUAUCUGUUAUGGAAAAAACUGAUGGAGUUCCUACUGUCCAAGCUCCAGCUGGAGGAAUACCAAGACUCCCAGAUUAGUUUAAAACAUGUGAUGUGUAUCUCGAAGGAGAAUGGUUGUGAAUCCACUACUGAAAGUUUGCUACAGUCAAACUUUCUCAGAAAACUUUUCGCACUGGAUGGAACUGCGCGAAAAACCAUGAUGGAUGACCAUGAUGAUGCCAACAUAAGUGGCUUCAGUACACAAGAUGAUCUCUUUGGAACCAUUGAGAUGUCACCUAGGAAUUCAUUAAAUUCUCCACAUCCCUUGGAUGUUUUAUGUAAUCUUCUGCAUCGUUCUGACAGCUUUCUACAACAAGUCAUUUUCUCAAAAAUGUCUAUGUGCCAAUUUGCAGUUCCUAUUGUGCUUCCUUCUUAUCAGAACAAGCCAUGUACCUUUCUGCUAUGGCCCAUGAGAGACAUUAUAAAGAGGUGGAGACCUACAUCUUUACUGAGCACUAAAGGAUUUAAAGAAGACAACCUGGUGAACAUUUCUAUGCCAAUCUUCUCAUUUAUCCAAAUAGGCAAUUGUAGUCUUUCGAAAUCCAAAAUCCUCAACAGUGUCCUUAGUCCUACCUAUACUCAUCAUGACUUCUUUGUUCACCAGGACAUUGAAUAUGGAUAUCAUCCUAAAACAAUUUCAGAAGGACUUCUUGAGCUUUUCUGGUACUUUCCCAGCGGGAGUCAAAGCUCCAAUGUUUUCCAUGAUCCAACUGCUGUGAUGAACCUACGUGGAGAUCCAGAAUCCCAUCAGAAGCAGUUUAGUUUGUUGACUAAGGUUUCUUCUGCUAUUUUUAUUUUCUGUGAAGAUCUGCAAGAAAAACACUUGAGAAUGUUGAAGAGUUCUGCAUUGGACAAUCCAAACUUCUAUUUCAUUAUUUCUCUACCUAAUGAUAAAUAUCACCAGGAGGAAACAAAAAAAUCCCUACGCAAGUUAAGAACAUCUCUGAACUUGAACAGUAAACAUGUCUUGGUGAAAGAUUCAAAGAUGAAUGAAGCUGAAAUUGUAAAAGAGAUACAAAACCUCAUGAGAAGUUUGACCAAAGAUUCUCCUAAAUCCAUGACAUUAGUGGAAGUUGGAGACAUCGCAAAUGAACUCGGAAUCUAUGUAGAUGAGAAUUUAGAAGAAUCUCAGAGGGCAAAGAAACUAGCCAUGAAAAUCACUGGGCAAAUCAAUGAUGUCUCACUGUAUAAGAAGCAAACCUUGACCCUGCAGGGAGAUUUGUGGAAAAAAAUUACUAAAAAUGAAAAAGAACUUUGUAGAAUGAGGAAACAGGGUGAUGUUAGUGCGGAGACUUACAAAUCAGAGCUAAAGGGACAAAUUCUGGAGCUGCGUAGACAACAAAGCCAGCAAGAAGUACAAGAAGACAUGAAGAAGUUUUUAUCUGCGCUCAAUGACCUGCCUCAUACUGAGAAACUUUACUUCUUAAAGUGGAUGAACAUAUUUCUUGAUGAUAUUGCUCGAUUUCACCUAAAAGAGUUACAGACUGAGUAUUUGAAUAAUUCUACCAGCGUGUUGGUACUAAAGCAACUAGAUCAGAAGAUGUCUGAUAGCUCCCUUGGAUUAGAACAUUUCAUACGUGAAGUGGGGCAGAUACAUGAAGCACAAUGUUUCAAACGGAAUCAUAAAGGUCUUGGACAAAAAUUCUGUGAUCUCCCUGGAUUAGCUGCUGAUCUCCUGUUAGAUGGGUUCCCAUUGGAGCUGAUUGAUGGAGAUGCUUCCAAUAUUCCCCUACAAUGGAUAACUGAUGUCCUGACUGAGCUGGAUAAGAAGACCGGAGGACACUGUAGGAUGAGGGUUAUAACUGUGCUGGGAGUGCAGAGUACCGGGAAGUCCACCCUAUUGAACACCAUGUUUGGGCUACAGUUCCCUGUGGCCAGUGGACGAUGCACACGAGGAGCCUUCAUGACUCUUAUUACAGUAGAGGAGAAUUUCCAGGAAGAACUAGGCUGUGAAUUUAUUGUGGUAAUUGACACUGAAGGGUUGAAAGCUCCUGAAUUGGCAUCUCUGGUGGACAGUUAUGAACAUGACAACGAACUGGCCACAUUUGUGGUUGGAUUGAGUGACAUCACUAUCAUUAACAUAUCCAUGGAAAAUUCAUCAGAAAUGAAGGAUAUUUUACAGAUUGUGGUUCACGCAUUUCUCCGUAUGAGUAAAAUAGGAAAGAAACCCACAUGCCAUUUUGUUCAUCAAAAUGUGAGUGAUGUGUCAGCUCAUACUAUGGGUAUAAGAGACAGAAAGAAACUAUUGGAGCACCUGAAUCAGAUGACAAAGGCUGCAGCAAAAAUGGAACAACUGGAAGGGAUAACAGCCUUUAAUGAUAUCAUGGAUUACAAUCUCGAUGAACACACAUGGUACAUAUCUGGCCUCUGGUGUGGAACUCCGCCUAUGGCCCCCAUAAACACAGGCUACAGUGAGGGGGUUCUUUCAUUCAAGAAAUAUUUGCUUGAUUUCUUGAAAGGGAAAGUACACAAGUCACAGGGAAUCCCAGAAUUUCUUGAGUGGUUGAAAAGUUUAUGGAAUGCCGUGAAACAUGAAAAAUUUAUAUUCAGCUUUCGAAACAGCCUGAUAGCAGAUGCCUAUGACCAGCUGUCAGUGAAAUAUUCACAACUGGAGUGGAACUUCCGAAAAGUAAUAUAUAAUUUGAUGACUGAGGCAUUGAUAUCAGUACAGAAUGAGCGAACAGAAAAUCUUGUUGAAGCAUUGAAUGAUAUAAAACAGUCGACAUCAGAAAUAGUGAGAAAAGAGGAGAAGAACAUGCACCAUUUACUAGAUGUGUAUUUUGAUUCUGAAUUGGAAAAUGCUCAUCUGGUACAAAAAUACAGAGAGGAUUUUAUGAAAAGUAUAACAUGUCUUGGGAAGGAGCUUAAGGAAGAAAUAUUCAACAGGUGCACUGAAGCCUCUCGUAUCCAGAAGACAAAAUGUAAGAUAGAAGGUUUAAAGGAUAGUUACAUCUCAAUAAUAGAAGAAAAGGUGACUUCUCUUCUUUGCUCAUGUCAGGACAGAACAAAGAAACUGGACAUUGAGGAGCUUGAAGAAGAAUUUCAUGCCAUGUGGGAUAAUACAAUAAAUGGCCUUCAAGUCAAAUCCAUAGGAAGACAAAACAUUGACCAAAUAAUGCUUCAACAGCUUCGGAGAGAGAUGAGCCACAAGUCAGGUGCCAUCAAUGAGAAACUGCUGAAUAUCAAGACACUUUUUGAAUUUUCAGAUGCAACAUAUGAAGUGCAGGAUGAACACAUUGAUCUUAAAUGGUAUCAAAAAUGUCAUGACAAAUUCUUUUUCAAUGUCCCAAGUUUAAAAGAUUUCUAUAAAGAAGACUACAGUUUUAAAUCAAAGCAGGUAGCAGAAGACUUGGCAGAGAAAGGCCUGAGAUAUGUUGACCAACACUUGAAGAUGAACGAGAAUUACCAUGAUACCUUUAGCUUAGAAUUACUCAGAAUGGUCAAUGAAAGGCUACAACAGAAAGAGGUGAAGAACCUGCACACCACAGCCUCUUUUGAGCUGGACUUGAAGCUUCUACUUUUAGGCAAAGCAGUCCCAAGAUUUCAAAAGAUGCAUGAUAAUUUUGUAAACCUAAAUGAUCCAUACUUAAGUCUGAAAAACUUAAAAUCUGAAUAUUUUUCCAUUUUUAAAGCUCUAUUCCAGCAGAAGGAUGAAUGCAAAACAAGGGCAAAGCGCUUCUGUGAACUCUGCCUGAAACCAGCCAUAGUGCAGUAUGUAAACCAUCAUCUUGGACAAGAGAUAGUCAACGACAUACUGAAUGGAGAUGACAACAUGAAAUAUAUGAGCCGCACUUUCUUUCAGCUGCGGGUGCUUAGUAACCUUCUUGAAGACCAUUCAUUUGAGCAAUAUGUCAAGUAUAUCAAUAACUAUGAGCGUUUUGUUAAGGAUUGUAUCUUAGAUUUCAUUAAAGAGAGAUAUGAAGACCCUGAAGGUUUGCAAUCAUUGCGAUCAAAUAUCAUUUUGUCCAUUCUUCAGAAAUUAAGAAAAAUUCUUCAAAACUCCCAAAUACAGGAAAGUUCAGAUUUCGCAGAAUUUCUAAGAAGUUUUUGUAAGAUGCUGCACAAAGAUUUAGUCAUCUCACAGGAGGACCUAAAGGUGAUUAUUUUUCAGAAUUCGGUGUCUGUUCCUCAGUUUGCUGCUGAUGUGGAGUCCUUCCUCUCUGACCUUGAAGAGGACAUCUUGUCACAAAUGAGACCUAUUACUAUUGAAUUUGUUCUUGACGUUGUAGUCCUAAAACCAGAAGAAGAAUUGUUUAGGAAAGUGAUCGGAUGUGGUAAGCAGUGUCCAUUCUGUAAAGUCCCAUGUGAGGCAGGAUGUGCGGAGCACACUGAGCACUUUGCUACUGUCCAUCGGCCUCAGGGUCUGGGCAGAUACAGAUAUGUAGACACAAAUGUCUUGUGUUCCUCACUAUGUUCUACAGAUGUUGUUACAGAGAAGUCAUUCAGGAACUCAGAUACUGAUUGGAAGUUUCAUCCCUAUAAAGAAUAUCGCGAGUUUUAUCCAGACUGGAUGAUCAAACCCGACCCCAGCAUCAACGCAUCCGACUACUGGAAAUUUAUCUUUAAAGAGUUCAAUGCCCAGUUUGCAAAGAAAUAUAAUGCAAAACCUGCAAGUCUACCCAAAGACUGGUAUGAUAUAAGCAAGGAUCGAGCUCUUGAAAGCCUCAAGGAAUCAUUCUGUGUUUAACCCCUUAAGGACCCUGGCUUUUUCCAUUUUUUUAUUUUCAAUUUUUCCUCCUUAACUUUAAAAAAUCAUAACUCUUUAAAAUUUUCACCUAAAAUUCUAUAUGAUGGCUUAUUUUUUACAUCACUAAUUCUACUUUGUAAUGACAUUAGUCAUUUUACCCAAAGAUCUAUGGUGAAACGGAAAAAAAAUCAAUGUGCGACAAAAUUUAUGAAAAAACACUAUUUUGUAAGCUUUGGGAGCUUUCGUUUUUACGCAGUACAUUUUUUGGCAAAAAUGAUACCUUAUCUUUAUUCUGUAGGUCCAUACGGUUAAAAUGAUCCCCUACUUGUAUAGGUUUGAUUUUGUAUUACUUCAGAAAAAAAUCAUGAAUACAUGCAGGAAAAUGUAUACGUUUAAAAUCGUCAUAUUCUGACCCCUAUAACUUUUUUAUUUUUCUGUGUUCAGGGCGCUAUGAGGGCUAAUUUUUUGCGCCGUGAUCUGAUGUUUUUAGCGGUACCAUUUUUGUUCUGAUCAGACUUUUCGAUCACUUUUUAUUCAAAGAACAUGUUCAUUCUUUGCGCAGAUUCCGCGAGCACUGCACAGCCGUCAAUGGUGACGGCUCAGUGCCCCGCUGCCCUAGCCGCAAAGUAUUUUUAGCGGCCGCCACCAGACAGAAUCUUCGCUCGCUGGAUUUAGCGAGUGGAGAUUCUGCAGUGUGAGCGCACCCUAAAAGUUAAA